CCCCCAAUGCCAAGCACACAAACAUUGGGUGCAGUAGUGAAUCCUCUUCAGAAGUUCAGAAAACUAUAGCUUGCUUUUAGCAUAUAUAAAUUAGGUGUUUUUAUCUUCUUUUGAGAAGGAGAUCAAGAACAGGCAGUAGGAGGCCUCUUCCUCUUCUCCAUGGAUCACCUUUGGGCCUCUGUCUUUGGGAUUCUUGGAAACAUCGUCUCAUUCCUGGUUUUCCUCGCACCGAUGCCGACGUUCCUGAGGGUGUACAGGAAGAAGUCGACGGAGGGGUUCAGCUCGGUGCCGUACGUGGUGGCGCUCUUCAGCUGCACGCUGUGGAUACUGUACGCCAUGGUGAAGACCAACUCCAGCCCCCUCCUCACCAUCAACGCCUUCGGCUGCGUCGUCGAGGCCGCCUACAUCGCCGUCUACCUCGUCUACGCCCCCAGGCCGGCCAGGCUCAGGGCGCUCACCUCCUUCCUCCUCCUCAACGUCGCCGCCUUCUCCCUCGUCGUCGUCGUCACCGUCGCCGCCGUCGCCCAGCCCCACCGCGUCAGGGUGCUCGGCUCCAUCUGCCUCGCCUUCUCCAUGGCCGUCUUCGUCGCCCCCAUGAGCGUCAUCAUGGUGGUGAUCAAGACGAAAAGCGCGGAGUUCAUGCCGUUCUCGCUCUCCUUCUUCCUCACGCUCAGCGCCGUCGCCUGGUUCUUCUACGGCCUCUUCACCAACGACCUCUACGUCACGCUUCCGAACGUGGGAGGCUUCUUCUUCGGCUGCGUCCAGAUGGCGCUCUACUUCAAAUACCGGAAGCCCAAUACGGCUGCCGGCGGCGUGAUGAUCCUGCCGACGACGGCGGCUGCGGCGGCGGUCGACGGCGCCGUGGCUGAGCCUGCGGCGGCGGCGCAGCAGCUGGCGGAGGAGCUGGAAAUGGAGCUCGCGGCCGCAGGCGCGCACGCGGUGGCCGUGCUGCCGGCGAGCGCGCUGCCCGUGCUGGCCGAGCUGCACAAGAUGGAGCAGGAGAUCGGGACGCCGCGCAAGGGCGCCACCAAGACCGUCUGACACGUGGCUCGCCUCCAUUGGUUGUCGAGUGCCAUGUCAUCAUCGUGAUUAUUAUAUAUAUGGGCAAAAUGCAUCAUACCCAGUAGUAAAUUUCUUAAUUUCAGCUGUUUGUUUGCGUUCCAUUUGUGUGUUUGAAUUGAGUUUGUAUUGUGCAAUUAUCCCAAGAAAAAAGAAAUGUGCAUGUAUUGGUUAUGAUUAAUUAAAUUAAUUCGUAUCCUAUCAAG